AUGGGUGACCGUGACAAUGGUGCCUUAUUGCCGUUUGCGGCUGGCGUUGCGGUGGGUGCCGUGCUGACUGCUCUCGGCUUCAAGUUCAUGUACACCUGCCCUCAGCCCGUCAAGCAGACGCAGCAAGUGGGUGCCGUGGUAAAAUGCACGUGCAAGAAAGAUGGCAAGGAUGAUUGCCAAAUUCACUGCAUCCGUAAUGAAAAAAGAGGAAAGUGUCCAGAAAGGCCGUGA